GACAACAUUUUACAACAACAUAAAACAAACAACAUUACCAACAUUUUACUCUUCCAACUUGGUUUUUGUAGCUAAUGAGAACGGUCAUUUAAAUGUUGGGAAACUUAAAGAAAAAGAAACAUUGUUGUCUAAACAAACAGAGAAAAAGAAUAAGCAGAAAAAUAGAGGAAACGACGAUCCGGAAAAACAUUCCGGAAAAACAUGCGAGAGUGUUGUAGAGACUGUGGGAGAAGAAGAGAACAAAUGUUCGGAUGAAUGUUUUGACAAUGUUCAGAAUUAUAUUGCCCAACAAAUUGCCUUGUUGGAACAAUGCGAAGUUGCGGAGCUUAUAGAACAAGAAAAACAAGUUUUAGAAGAAAAUGAGAGAAGGAAGAGAAAAUUAAAACAAAUGAGAAACAGUAGAAAAUCGCAACAAGUAGACAAUGUUUUUGAUGAACUAGAGAAAGAACAUUGUUCUAAACUUUUUCUUAAAAAGUUUGCUUUUGAUGAAGAAAUAAGGCAGUUUAAGUGGAUUACUGAAGAAGAGGAAGAAGGGGCCGAUGUAAAAGAGGAGGGGAAGACUAUAAUAUUUUUGGAUGGAGGAGAUAAUGAAGAGAUAAUAUUAAAGGAUAACAAUGUUGAUGUGGAGGUGUUGUGUAAAAUUUAUAUAGUUAAAAGCAAAAUCUCUGUCUUAACACCCGUCAGGGAAUUGUAA